AUGAUGACAGCCGCUGGCUACCGCGUCAGUGCGCCAGUCACCAUUGCCAGGCAAAAAUCCAAGGACACCAAAUUGCUCAACUUCUACAAACAAUUCCACGACGAGUUGUCCUUGCUUUCGAACAAUCUGCGGAAACUGGUCGCGAGCUUGCCGCGCAUACAAGCUGAGCUAAAAGAUCGGCUUUUGGCUUACGACAGCAAGGCUUGGGAAGAAGGCAUUGUUGAAGAGGCACUCGAACAGCGUCUCGGAGAUUUGCAGCAACCAUUCAUAUAUAGUCUCCAGGAAAUACUCAGAGCCCUAGAGGACAUCGUAAGCACGCAAUAUGUCAGACUGGAGGAUGGAGAGGCGCCGAGCAGUCCGAUCGGCGGCAAACCAAUCUACAAAAAGCUGAAGCAAUUGCGAGCAGAAGUUGGCAAGAACAAGGAGGGCUUUCGGGAGCGCUGGCGUUUCACGUCCAAGGAAGUAAAGUUACGCAAAAGCCUUAAAAUCCUCGUGGAUCGGAACCAGUACCUCGAGCGUCUGCUCCACCAGUCAAAUGCGCCAGUUGCUGUACAAGAUCCAGUCAGCACCACUGUUCGCGCACCGCCACCGAGGAAGAUCUGCGACCUGGCCACCACACUGCACUCGUCCCUGGUUGCACUCUCGUCCUGCAGCUGCCAUGCUCAACACGAGGCUCGGCUCUGUGUGAAUGUGCCGUUCGAUACGGAGGCCGGAGUGGUCCCGACACGCCUGGACUUAUAUCUUUCCAUGCCUGCGCAGGAAGCGGGAGCUCGCUGGCAGGAGUCACAUGUACAUGUUGACAUCGACAUUCAGCCGGAAGUCGCGGUCACAAGUCCCUCCUCUCGUGUCAGAUUCGACGACAGUAGUCCUGUGGAACGUGGUACGAAGCGACGUAGGCGAUCUUCCAUGACGGAGAUGUCCAGUAUGGAGCAGAUUAGCGCCAUGUGCAAUCUUGUUGAUCGCGCAUAUCACAAUGGGGCGAACACCGAGCUUCUGCUCAAUGGGCAAGCGCUUUGGCACAUCAAGUCCACCUCUCUGCGAAGGAAAGUACCUGAGCCAAAGACAUUGAAUGAUCUGCUUCGCACGAGAAAGCUGCUUAGCAGGCGUAACCGACAUCGCCUGGCAGUCAUCCUUGCAAAUGCAUUACUGCAUUUGAAGGAUAGCGAGUGGCUGCAAGACCGCUGGUCGAAGGAGGAGGUCCAUUUUAUGCACAUGUCCGACGGAAGUACCGACAUCAAGCGGCCGUACGUUGCUGUCGCCUUAGACGGAUCUGGUCCACCACAAACGACGGCUGGUGCCGAUGACUCGAUACACGAGUGCCCACCACUACUGAGCCUGGGCAUUAUGCUUCUGGAACUUGGCAUAUCGGAGUCUUUGCAAAGACGGCAGCUCAAAGAAGACCUGGUGGAGGGUGUGGCGACCGCCAACACGGAUUUCUUGACAGCGUUGCGCGUUCUUGACGAGUCUGUCGACGACCUGCACGACAGAUAUCGUGCUGCCGUCGAUGCUUGUCUCAACUGUCAUUUCUUGGAUCCCGACAUCGCGCGUGACUUUAGCAACGAGGCGUUCCAGAGUUUAGUGUACAAUAAUAUCGUGGUGCCCCUAGAGGAUGAGCUGUUGUCGGGCUGGAACGACAAGCCAGAAGACCUGUGGAACCAGCUGAGCGACUGA